GAGGGCGGGCGGCGGCGGUAGGGGGGAGGUUGUGCUCGGCGCUGCCGCCGUCAUGCGGGAGCGGAGGCCGCCCCCGGCCGCUCCGGCCCGCUGCAAGCUGGUGCUGGUGGGCGACGUGCAGUGCGGCAAGACGGCGAUGCUGCAGGUGCUGGCUAAGGACUGCUACCCCGAGACGUACGUGCCCACCGUGUUUGAGAACUACACGGCGUGUCUGGCCAGCGAGGAGCAGCGGGUGGAGCUGAGCCUCUGGGACACCUCCGGCUCUCCCUACUAUGACAACGUGCGUCCCCUGUGCUACAGCGACUCAGAUGCUGUCCUGCUCUGCUUCGACAUCAGCCGCCCCGAGACCCUGGACAGCGCCUCCAAGAAGUGGAAGACAGAGAUCACGGACUAUUGCCCCGACACGCGGGUGCUGCUCAUCGGCUGCAAGACAGACCUACGGACGGACCUGAGCACCCUGAUGGAGCUCUCCCACCAGAAGCAGGCACCCAUCUCCUACGAGCAGGGCUGCGCGGCCGCCAGGCAGCUGGGAGCCGAGAGCUACCUGGAGUGCUCGGCCUUCACCUCGGAGAAGAGCGUCCACAGCAUCUUCCGGACCGUGUCCGGCAUCUGCCUCAGCAAAGCCCCCUCGCAGCCCCCCAAGAGCCCACCCCGCAGCCUGUCCAAGAGACUCCUGCACCUGCCCAGCCGCUCCGAGCUCAUCUCCUCCACCUUCAAGAAGGAAAAAGCAAAAAGCUGCUCUGUCAUGUGAAGGAGGGGACAGGAAUGCUUCCCCCCCUGGAAGCCCCCAGCCCUCCCUGAGGCCACAGGAUGGGGUGGGGGGCUGGACAGGGUGGCAGAGCUGUCCUUCCCCCCCACCCGAGGAGCAAGGGCUGCCUGUUGCCCUCCCAUCGCUCUGUUUCCCUCAUCGGGCCCCUGUCCUGGGGCUGACCUCCAUGGAGCUGUGUUGGUUGGGGGAAAGAGGGGUUUGGUGGGGUCCAGGGAGGGUGCUCAACAGCUGCUGCCCAGCCCCGGGGUUGGGGGCUCAUCUAUGGACUCAUCCUGUUCCCCUGAUGCUGCCCCAUCCCUCAUCUGCUGCUUGGCCCUGGGACCCCCGUGGGGCGGGGGGUGCUGGGGGAGCUGGUUUAUGGACUGUCUCUGGGGUGGCAUCUCUGUUCCAUGGUCAGUGUUAUUAAAAAGCUUAUUUAUUAUCUGAAAUACAACACCCACCAUGUGCA